AUGCCAUUCUUUGAGUCACUACGGAAACGGUUUAAAAAUACACCAUUAGAGUCAAAUCAAAUCGAUGAUGAUUAUUCAGAAACAAUACACAGUAGAUCAUCGACAAACAUAAAUCGUUCCAGUUCGCAAGUACAUGAUAUGAUCUCAACUACGUCAUCUACGUCAGCCAAUCAUUUUGAUCCUCAUGAAAUAGUCCCUUCUUAUGAAAUUUCACAAAGAUUACACGUUAGAAAUAGGCUGCGUCAUGACAUUUUCACUAACAAUCACAUUUCCUCGAUCCCCAUUGAUGACCAUGAUGACGCGAUUCCAAUAUCUUCAUCUCGUAUAUAUGCCCCAAUUCCUUCAUUACCCAUACCUGUAAAUAUGUCACGUUCCAAUUCUUCUUCAUCACUAAAUUCCGACAGUACAGAGAUAACGUCACCACAACAACCAUCAAUACAACAACAAGCUUCAUCUGCCAACAAGCAAAAGAAAACAAUUAAACAACUCGGGCUUAGAUUCCUAAACUCAAGACAACAUUUCGCCUUGGCUUUUUGUCGUGAUGUAUCCCUAAUACCCGCCCUUAUAGGUUUAUUCCAAUCUUGGAGACGAAUAUUCCCCCUGGAGAAUGACGCACAAACCAUAAUUACGUCAGCUAGAGGUCUUGAACAUUUCUUGACUGGAGUAUGGUGUAUUGUCGCCGCAUAUCUUAAUUAUUCAGUAUUGGACGGAUUGAUCAUCCGAUGGAUAGUUACAUAUCUGACAUUAGCCGCAAUUGUAAGAGUACUUUCCUUAUCUACAAUGUGUAUCACUGUUGAAUUAUAUCUAGUGUCAGCAUUUUCGGCAGAAGGAUAUAAAUAUGGUUUACAUAUUUGGAUCUUAAUAAGUUGUAUUUUAACAUUUGCUUAUAUUAUCCAAAAUUUUGUGACAUCAAAUAUUGAUAUUAAUAAUAAGACAGGUAGGGCUAAGAAACGACGUGGAAGAGUUUUUGAUUUUUAUAAUAUUGUUGUGUUUGCCGUGGUUCCUGUAGGUUUGGCAAGUUUUGUGACCAUGAUUGGAUUAUUAAGAUCCUUGCUAAUAUUGAGAAUUGAUGUUGAUCAGGCUUUGAAGUUGAGUUCCCACUAG